AUGUCCUACGACGAACAUUUCACUUUUACAACGGUUCCGUACUGGGUAAGCUUACAUCCUCAAGCAUCGCGUGGUGCAUCAUCCUAUGUUGCACCACCACAACAGCAACCCCAGCAACAACUGCAAGGAUCUAGUGGGCAGGUUCCCUAUUGGGUGACUGCCUACCCUCAAGCAUCACGAUCCUAUGUUGCACCACCACAACAGCAACCCCAGCAACAACUGCAAGGAUCUAGUGGGCAGGUUCCCUAUUGGGUGACUGCCUACCCUCAAGCAUCACGAUCCUAUGUUGCACCACCACAACAGCAACCCCAGCAACAACUGCAAGGACCUAGUGGGCAGGUUCCCUAUUGGGUGACUGCCUACCCUCAAGCAUCACGAUCCUAUGUUGCACCACCACAACAGCAACCCCAGCAACAACUGCAAGGACCUAGUGGGCAGGUUCCCUAUUGGGUGACUGCCUACCCUCAAGCAUCACGAUCCUGUGUUGCGAGGAGAGAGCUAAGGUUGAACCAGUCAUGUAUGGAAUUACCCUCACAUCGUGUGGAGGUUCCGCAUGAGGAGAGAACCGAACAUAUACAAGCCUCCUAUUCCUUCUUAGCACCACAACCGGAGCCAGCAGUAGAUGCACUUCAUCCAUUCCCAGGUCAGCGGGAAGUGAGUCAGAGAGGGCUUCACAAGGUUAUUGGAGACGACUUCAUGACGGACCCCAGGAUGCUGGAUCACCGGUGCAUUCCAGUGGAAAGGGCAAAGGACAAAGCUAAUAGGAUGUCAUACGAGUGUCUCCAAACCACCAGGAAGAACCCCGAAGCAACGCUCAGGCCUACCCAAAGUUAUUGGCUCAAGGUGAUUAACCAAAUCGAAAAUAUGGAGUGGGAAGAUAUUGAGAAGAGGAUGAAAGUAAUGCACCACUUUUUCAAGGGAGGUUAUGAGUCAAGAAGGUCUGCAUACUCCAAAGCUGUAAAGGAGGGUUCGGCCGAAGUGGACAUGAACAAUGUUCCCGAUCCACUCAGAAUACUACCGGAUGGAAGGACUUUCCUUCACUACCAACAGCCAACAAUGCACAUUUAUUACUCCGAGGACGUUAUCAAACGAGCAAUCGACAACGGCUUGUGGGCACUCAUUGGUGAUGGGAUCCAUAAGCUAAAUCCUCGAAGUAAGCGUGGAUCAAGUGUGCGCAUGGAGGAAGGUCAGCUGUACACCAUCCACGGUGUUUGCAGAGGAGGAUUCGAAGUGCCUCUCCUUUUCGCGAUAACAAGACGUAAGAGAGAAGAAGAAUACGUGAUCGUCUUCGAGAAAAUGAAGCAGGCCCUAGAAAGCGCAAGUGAAAGUGACCCUCAGUCUGAGUUUGAGCUUACGAUAGUCGUCGAUUACGAACUGGCGGCGAUUAAUGCAGCUAAGCGGGUGUUUCCACGCUGCGCUAUCGAAGGAUGCUGCUGGCAUCUAAGCCAAGCAUGGGUUCGCAGGAGGAACACGCUUGGAAUUCUUCAAUUCCUCAAGGGGAGAGGGAAAUGCGGGCGCGUUACACGAUGGUGGAGAACAUUGAAGGGACUUCCCUUCCUUCCACGGGAGAUGUUCCAUCUCGUGAACGCACUAAGAAGACCACCCGUUCCUGCAUCCCACCCUGCGUACCUGCCGUGCAAGAAGUUCCUCAACUACUUGCAAUCAACUUGGUUACGAGGGCCAUUCGAGAAGAUGUGGUGCAAAUACAUGGUACACGAACAACGGACAACAAAUGUAGCCGAGAACUACCACAUGCGCCUAAGACAAAUGAUAGGGAAGUACCAUCCACCGCUAACAGAACUAAUUCUAGUUCUUCGAAGUGUAGUUGCGGUUGCGAAGGCAACCCUCUCGAGGAUGGAAACUUUUCCGAACGAAAUGAAAAAACUCCGAAGGAAAGACAGAGUGCGCCGAGAAAAAAUAGAAGCGGCUAUGUCCACAUUCGAAGCCUCCAUUCAAGGAGGACAAAAUCCAAGCAUGGCCGAAAUUGGAAGAUAUUGCCGCAAGAUGUCACGUUACACAUCUGACAAGGCUGUAUAG